GCUAUUGUUUAUUGUUUCACUUAGUAUUGCUUCGAUGAUUUAGCGUCCAACUUGAAGUAUGCUCUAAUCGUUAUCUUUUUUUAGAUCGAACAUAGUUUAUUAUACUAUGUAUACAGAGUCACCAGUAGUGUUCACUAUAAAAUAAUUGUAGUGAGCUUAGUGUUUCAGAAAUAUAUUUGCUAUAUAGAACAUAGUUUAUUGUACUAUGUACACAGAGUGACCAGUUAGUGGUCAUUGGUCACUAUAAAUCAUUAAUCUUUGUGGGCAGUGUUUCACACUUUGUAUUUGUUUUAGUGAUUACAUAUUUUUCAAAAUAAAGAAUGGAGGGAGCUUUGCAACUUCCGAUAAUUGAUCUUAGCUCUACAGAUCAGACCUUACUCACUGAUUUACUCCGGAAGGCAUGUAUUGAGAAUCGAUUUUUUUACCUAAUAAAUCAUGGGGUAGAAGAAGAUUUAAUUCAACGAGUUUUUGAAGGUAGCAGAAAGUUUUUUGCUCUAUCACUUGCAGAGAAGAUGAAAAUGAUUCGCAAGAAUCAUAGAGGUUACACACCCUUUUAUGAUGAGAAGCUUAAUCUUGUUGACAAUCCCAAAGGGGAUCCAAAAGAAAGCAUCUAUUUUGGAGCACCUGAAGACAUAUCACCCUAUAGUAAUCUAAAUCAGUGGCCUCCCGAAGAAGUUCUGCCAUGUUGGAGGUCUACAAUGGAAGAAUAUUACAGAGUUAUUCUGAAUCUUGGUAAAAGAGUACUCUCUCUCAUUGCUCUAGCUUUGAAUGUGAAUGAAGAUUUCUUUGAAAAAGUUGGUGCAUUCAAUCCACCAGGUGCUCUUCUUCGCCCUAUACAUUAUCCAGUUGCAGGUGAGAUAGACUAUUCUGAUGAUCAACAUAUGCAUGGCUGUGGAGCUCAUACAGAUUAUGGAAUGAUUACUAUCUUAAUGACUGAUGGUCUCCCUGGACUUCAGGUUUGCAGGGAUAAAUUACAGCAACCACAGAUUUGGGAAGAUGUGCCUCAGCUGAAUCGGGGUUUCAUUGUUAACAUUGGAGAUAUGAUUGAAAGGUGGACAAAUUGCUUGUUUAGGUCAAUAUAUCACAGAGUGACAAAGCCAGAACAAGAACGUUAUUCGGUGGCUAUGUUUUUUGAUCCAAGUCCAGAUUGUGUUGUGGAAUGCUUGAAGAGUUGCUGUAGUGAAUCUUCUCCUCCUACGUUUCCUCCAGUUCGCGUGGCAGACUACUUGAAAGAGACUUACAACCUCACAUAUGGCUACCAGUGUAAGUUUGUGCUGCUCUAGCUAAUGAGAUACAUGUUCAUUUUUUCCGUUUUAACCAUUUGGCAUCAGAAGUCCACUGAUCCGACUAAUUUGGAUUUGCAUGAGGCAGGCCGUAGGCCCACUAUAUAAAGUGUUUUGUAUCCCAAGAUUUUCACUCCAAGAACUCGAACCCGAACCCCUCAAUAGUGAUAAAUAUUCAAAUUACCUUAUUAGUCAUUUCCUUUGGAGCUUCGUUACGUAGCAAUAUGUACAUUCAGUGAAAAGUUUUCAAGCUUUCGAAAUGAGUGCAAGAAAAAGGCUUCUACAAACUUCAACAAAUACAGUAAGAAUAGUUCUUGAUUGAAAACAGAAGUUUGAUAUGGAUAUAUCAGAUGUGAUCGAGCUGAUCAUUUUGUCAUUCAACUAAUUAAUCUAUAAUUCUUCUUUUAGUAUAGA